AUGGCUGAUACCGAGACUGCACAGCAGAAGGAGCCGCUCACAGGAGCCGAAGAUGCGGGGGGGGCUGCUUCGACCGCGCGGUGGAAGAUCCUCGGCGGGGUCCUGACGGCCGCGGUCUUGGCCGCCGUCGUUGCGCUCGUGCUGCUGCUGUCCCCGUGGCGCCCGCACGGCCGGGUUGUCCACGAGGGGCCUCCGGAUCUCGUGUGCCGCGACGGUUGCACAUGCCUCAGUAACCCCACCAGGGUCUAUUGCACGGGCGCACUGCCCGACGACAACACCACGGGUGGUUCCAAUGCCACACACGCUGACACUGGCAACAGCACUGCCAGCAGUUCUGCCAACGGCUCUGCCAACGGCGGUGUGGCGGGCUAUCGGGCGUGGUCGUGGAGCGCGGCGUUCGUCGGGCCAGAAGAUACGAACAUGGGCAUCUGUUUCAAUGGCUACGAGGAUGUGGACACGGCUAUCUCAAAAUGCACGAAGGAGGUCGGCACGCUGCAACCGGCGAAGUGGCUUUCGAUCGGGGGCAAUGGCGAUCCCUAUGGGAUCAUAACGCCAGACGUGUUGUCGAGAGCAGCGAGCAGUGGCGACACUAUCAUCGCAGCGGGUUACGCUGGAGUCAUUUUCGAUGUCGAAGUCGCGGUUGGUACCAAUGACGCCUUGGUCUCUGGCUUCACGAGUGCGUCGUAG